UCGAGUGCCAACACUCGGCGGCAGCCUCCUGCGGGAGAUGGACAGCGAAGAUGAAAACGUGGAGGAGGUCGUGGAAGGUCCGCUGGAUGAAGAUGAACAGCCUCAUGGACAGUGCACAGUGACCUACUCAUCCAGUGAUCGCUUUGAAGGACACUUCACACACGGAGAGAAAAAUGGAAAGGGCAAAUUUUUUUUCUUCGAUGGAAGCACCUUGGAGGGCUUCUACGUGGAUGAUGUUCUUCAGGGUCAGGGGGCGUAUUCGUACGAAGACGGAGGUGUCAUGCAUGGCACGUACGUGGCUGGUGAACUCAACGGGCCAGCUCAGGAGUGGGAUAGAGAGGGUCGCCUGGUGUUCAAGGGGCAGUACAAAGACAAUACCCGUUGCGGGGACUGCUGGGCGUACUACCCUGAUGGAGGCUGUGUGUUUGGGGAGGUGAACGAGGAGGGAGAGAUGACUGGCGAAUCUUUAGCGUAUGUCUACCCUGAUGGACGCACGGCUCUUCAUGGAAGUUUUGUGGAGGGAGAACUAAUCCAAGCUCGGCUCGCCAACCUGACGGCCACUGAGAAUGGAAGACCGUAUUUUGAGUUCACACCUAGUGGUGCUGUUUAUACGUAUGACAAGUCCACAUCCACUUGUAUUGCUACUCAUGCUCUGCUGCCAGACCCCUAUGAGAGCCAGAGGGUCUUUGUGGCAGACUCCUUGAUUAAAGGUGCUGGACAAGGUCUGUUUGCCAAGAUAGAUGCUGAAAGAGACACCGUGGUGGCCUUUUAUAAUGGAAUACGAAUCACACACACAGAGGUGGACAACAGGGACUGGGCGUUGAACGGCAAUACAAUCUCGCUGGACGAGGACACUGUGAUCGACGUACCUCAGCCAUUUGACCAGGCAGAGCGCUACUGUGCCUCGCUAGGUCACAAGGCAAACCACUCCUUCACCCCCAACUGCAAAUAUGACGUGUUUGUCCACCCCCGUUUUGGGUCGAUCAAAUGCAUCCGAACAUUAAGGGCUGUGCAGAAGAAUGACGAGCUGACUGUUGCCUAUGGCUACGAUCAUGAGGCGACUGGGAAGAAUGGCCCCGAGGCCCCUGACUGGUACAAGCAGGAGUUACAUGUGUUCCAACAUGGACAGGCAAUUCCCAAAGCUUAUUAAGGCUACAGAUCAUGCUUUUGGACAAUGCAAACACCCUGCUGCUUGGGAUUCACUUUGUAUUCACUGUAGCCAUAUAUUGUACUAUAAAUACAGUAUAAAAGGUCACUAUGCUGAACAUGCUAGGAAAACUAGGAGCCAGCAGCCCUUUGUGAUUGUGGCAAGA